AUGAGCAAUAAAGCAACUCGAAGUAAUACAGAUUUUACACACAUGACUAUUGACGGUUCAGGUUUAACCAUUAAAAAUGAAAAAUUAAAAGGUGAUUCUAUGAGAAAUGACGAAGAUGAUGAAAUAAAUUUAGAAGAAACAACAAUGGUCAUGAACAAUAUUAAUUCAGUUAGUAAUGGGAAAUUAAAUGAGUUGACUGGUCAUGAUUUAAAUGAUCAGCCAAAAGAUUAUACAGGUAAACAAAAAUCAACUACAGUUGAAGCUCAAUUAAGUUCAAUAAAAAAAUUUAAUGGUCAAGGUGAUGUUGAACAAUGGUUAACACAAAUUCUUGAGAUAUUUGACUCUUGUCAAUUAUCAUCAAAUGAACGAAACAAGUUAAUUCCUGAUAUUUUAACUAGUGAAGCACUUAUUUGGUAUUUUAAACAACAUCAUCACAUGCCAACAUUUAAUUCUUUCGUUCAAAAUUUACUUUAUCAAUAUGAAAACAAAAUUUAUCGACCAGCACAGUCACCAUCAUUUGGAUCAUCUUCAAAACAAUUGAAACAAGAAAUAAUGAGUGAUUUUAAAGAAAUUAUCGUAGAACCUCUUCGAAAUCAAAUGUUGAUUACUAGCUUAGAAAAAUUACAGAAAUUUUCAGGAAAAUCAAAACAGAAUGUGUCAAAAUGGUUACGAGAAACUCACCAAACAAUGCAUACAUUACAACUAACUGAUGAAGAAAAAUUAUUUUUUAUAUCUACUUGCCUAGAAGCUGAUGCACGAGACUGGUUUUUUGAUAAUAUGCAUUUGUUCAAAACAUGGACAUCAUUUGUACAAAAAUUAAUUAAUACAUUUGAAUCAUCCGGAAAAGCUGAUAUUUCAUUUCAUCGAUUACGUCAUUAUCAACAAGGUUUAACUCAAGAUGUUAGACAAUAUUAUUUUGAAAUUAUGAAGUUAUGUAAAGAAGCUAAUGCUUUAAUGGAUGAUGCUAGUAAAUUACAAUAUUUAAAAGAUGGUUUAAAACCAUCAUUACGUUUUGAUGUUUUAUUAAAAAAUCCACAAACAACUGAAGAAUUUUUAGAAUAUGCUCAGAAAGUGGAAGAGCUUAAAUCAUUAGAUGAAAAAGAUAGUAUGAUCGAUCAAGCUGUCAAUCAUAAAUCUCCAGAUCCAUUAACAUUAAAGUUGAAGACCAUGAAUAUUAAUUCAUCACAAGUUCACCAACCAAUUUCAUCUCACCAACUAAACUUUAAUAAUUCAUAUAAAAAUACUCAAUUUAACAACAAUAAUAAUUCCGGUCGAGAACCAACAACUGCUCCAACAACAACAAAUGAAUAUUACACAGCAGUACCUAAACCACCUUAUCAAUGUUAUAGAUGUGGUGCAGGUGAUCAUUACAUUCGAAAUUGUCCAUAUUUUCAAGAGAGGGGCCAUUGA